GUUAGUUGAUAGCGAGAAGCUUACCAUUGAGCGUUCUUGUCAAUUAUUACUGACGAAAACACACACUCGCAUUUCAGUAUCGAGUCAACACUCUACACGAGUGAAGUGAGUGUAGAGUAAAACGUUUAUUUAUACUUGUUACAAGAGCAGGAAUCAUUUCGUGGUUUCUACAAUGUUUAGUAAAUUUAUUAUAGUGAAAAUAAAUGCGUUUUCAAGUGCAAAACAGAGUUUUAAUAUUGGAAGAAUAGUAGCUUGUGCAAAUUAUAGCACAGCUGCACAACGGUCUAAAAUAUAUGAGAAUGCUAAUGAUGCUAUAAAAGAUAUAAGCGACGGAUCAAAACUUUUAGUUGGUGGUUUUGGAUUAUGCGGAAUUCCCGAAAAUCUUAUCCAAGCCUUGAACUCCAAACGUGUUGCUGGUCUCACUGUGGUUUCUAAUAAUGCUGGAAUCGACGAUUUUGGCCUUGGCAUUUUACUUAAGAGUAAGCAAAUCAAGCGGAUGAUUUCAUCGUAUGUAGGAGAAAAUGCAGAGUUUGAAAGACAAUUUCUUAGUGGCGAGUUGGAGGUUGAGCUCACUCCUCAAGGUACUCUAGCUGAACGAAUCCGCGCAGGCGGUGCUGGUAUUCCUGCAUUUUUCACCCCUACUGGGUUUGGCACUCUUAUACAAGAAGGCGGUUCUCCAAUUAAAUACACUAAGGAAGGAAAGAUUGAAAUUCCAAGUUCUGCUCGCCAUGUCCAACAAUUUAAUGGAAAGCAAUAUAUAAUGGAGGAAGCUAUUACCGGUGAUUUUGCUCUUGUAAAGGCCUGGAAAGCUGAUAAAUACGGAAAUUUAAUAUUUAGGAAGAGUGCACGUAAUUUUAAUCCUGCAAUGUGCAGGGCUGCGCGAAUUACGAUAGCUGAAGUUGAGGAGAUUGUGGAAGAAAUAGAUCCAGACUUUGUCCAUGUUCCGUCUAUUUAUGUGCACAGAAUCAUAAAAGGAGAAAAGUUCGAAAAAAGGAUUGAGAGAAAAACAAUAAAAAAACCGGAACAAAAAGGAAAAUCAAAUUCACCAAGGGAGAGAAUAAUAAGACGAGCUGCAUUAGAGUUCAAAGAUGGAAUGCAUGCUAAUCUUGGAAUUGGUAUGCCAAUGUUGGCUAGUAACUACAUACCACAAAAUGUAAAAGUCCUCUUGCAAUCUGAGAAUGGAAUUCUCGGACUUGGUCCAUUCCCAACGGAGCAGGAAGUCGACGCGGAUCUUAUAAAUGCUGGAAAAGAAACCGUAACCGUCCUGCCAGGAGCAUCUUAUUUUUCAUCGGACGACAGUUUUGGAAUGAUCCGUGGAGGCCAUAUUGAUUUAACUAUUCUUGGCGCAAUGCAGGUUUCACAAUUUGGUGAUUUAUCAAAUUGGAUGAUUCCGGGCAAAAUGGUGAAAGGGAUGGGUGGUGCUAUGGAUUUAGUUUCGGCUCCAAGAACGAAAGUAGUUGUAACGAUGGAACACUCUGCUAAAGACGGAUCCCAUAAGAUACUUCCAGAAUGUAAUUUACCACUAACAGGAAAGAAUUGCGUUGAUAUGAUUAUCACAGAAAAGUGUGUUUUUGAAAUAGAUAAGGAGAAGGGCCUUACAUUGACUGAGUUAGCCGAAGGAGUUAAGGUAGAAGACAUUAUUGUGAGCGUCGGUUGUGAAUUCAGUGUGUCUCCUAAACUCAAAGUAAUGGGUGACGUUACGAGACCAGAAACUUUCACUGAAUAAAUCGAUGCGCGUGCCGGAUGUACGUAACUACUUUUGUUAUUAUCAGUGAUUACUGAGUGACUGCGAAUAUUAAAUAAAAAUAUACGUACAGGUAUCUACUUUGCUUUAAAUAUUUUUUUACAAUAUUUUGUAGCAUUUAUUGCUUAUACGUAAAAUUUAUGCACAUUUUUGUUAUUUGAUCAUGUACGUUAAUUAAAAUAUAUUCUAUUGUUAAA